AUGGGGUCAGUCAAGGAAAUGUAAAAACUAUAAAAAGUGUUUCAGGUUAUAAAAGGUGAAUCUUAAAUAUAUUCCUUACACAAAGAAAGUGACUGAAUAUAAUUCUUAGGAAGUUGUUGAAUAUGUUCCAAGAGAGUGAGAGAUUACAGAUUAUUAUGCAGUAGAAUUUGUGACAGAACAUAUUCCUCAAGUUAUAUAGGAGAAAUAUAUCAGUAAUUAAUGAAGACUAUGGCAGAGUAUGUCCCUGGAAAGACAGUAAAAGAGAGAACAGAAUAUUAAGCAGUGACAAAAUAGAGUGUAAUUUAACAGCCAGUGGAUUAUCAAUAGAUAUAGACAACAUAAUAAUAUUAAGGUAAAUCAAUUUUAUUAGCUUAAUUAGUGCCAGCAUAAAUUUAAUAUGCAGCUACAACCAAUCAAUAUAUUCCUACAACAUAAAGCUAGUUCACUACAACAAUUCCAAUGACAACAACUCAAUAUAUUCCAUAAUAAUUUACAUAUAGUUAAUUCCCAGUAACAGUCAUUUAUGGAUAAUUAUCAAAUGCAACAUCAACUUAUAGUUAAUUACCAACAAUAACAACAGCUACUUAUGGUUGAGUGCCAGUAAUAACCAC